GCCAUUAUCCCCCAGCCAUUUGCCAGCGGUACUCUCUCUCUCUCUCUCUCUCUCUCCGUCUUUCUUCUAGCGGUGUCUCCUUCCUCUGGCUCUGAGUCUUCUGAUGAUCUUGUUCUGUCACGCUCUGUCACUGUCCGCGCAAUUGGGAGAGAGGGAGAGAAGGCCUUUACUAGUACGCGUCCGCUGAGAAGGCGUGUGGGCUGGCCAGAGCAGGAGGCGGAGGAAAACGAGCCGGGUGUCGCGCGCGUGAACGGACGACCCAGGUAGCUAACUUUUUCGGAAGGCCAGCCUGCACGCAGCUACGCGCUUCGACCGCCUUCUCACCGCCGUCUGCGGAUUUCCGAUCGGGAAGCGACUCCGUGAUAUUUUGGAUAAAUCUCUCCUUUGCUGAUAAAUCGUCUCUCUCCGGCACGUUUUCCUCUGCUUUUCUUUGUCUGGCCAUCGAGAGAAGCAGUGUUUUCCGCUUCUUUACUAGAAAAUUGCAGUUCUUUUUUCCUUUUUCUGUUGGCUGGGGCGGCCGUCGGUGGAAAAACCUUCAUUACGAGUUGUUCUCUGUCGAUUUCUGUAGUUGACCUUCGAAACCUCGCGAACUUCUCGGAAUGUCGCUGCUUUAGGUUUUUAUCUGCUAGCUCUCUGUUCUGUUUCCUCUGAUUUGCUUCGGAUCCGUGGAGUUUAUCUGCUGGCCAAGAUGGAACUGAAAGACAGCAACUACUAUUAUGUCGGAUUCCUGGUUCUAGCAACGGUUGUGGUGGCGAAGCUUCUGUCUUCCCUGUUCUUCUCCGGAUCUAAGAAGAGGACUCCCCCUGAAGUUCAGGCGUUUCCUCUUAUUGGAGGGCUCCUGAAAUUCAUGAAGGGCCCGAUUAUAAUGAUCAGGGAAGAGUAUAAUAGGCUUGGCAAUGUCUUCACCGUGAAUCUCCUGAACAAAAAAGUUACGUUUCUUAUCGGUCCCGAAGUGUCUGCUCACUUCUUUAAGGCGACAGAGACGGAUCUUAGCCAGCAAGAGGUGUACCAGUUCAACGUACCUACUUUUGGGCCUGGGGUUGUCUUUGAUGUCGAUUACUCGGUCAGGCAAGAACAGUUUAGGUUCUUCACAGAAGCUUUGAGGGUCACUAAGCUGAAAAGCUAUGUGGAUCAGAUGGUUACGGAAGCUGAGGAAUACUUCUCAAAAUGGGGUAACGAAGGCGUUGUGGAUAUAAAAUACGAGCUUGAACACCUCAUCAUCCUCACUGCAAGCAGGUGCCUUCUUGGUCGAGAAGUGAGAGAUAAGUUAUUUGAUGAUGUCUCUGCCCUCUUCCAUGACCUUGACAAUGGCAUGCUCCCAAUCAGUGUCAUCCUACCUUACCUCCCUAUCCCAGCUCACCGCCGCAGGGAUCGUGCUCGCAAGAGGCUUGCUGAGAUCUUUGCCAACAUCAUAUCUGCCCGCAAAGCGGCUGGUAAAUCCGAGAAUGACAUGUUGCAGAGCUUCAUUGACUCCAAGUAUAAAGACGGCAGGCCAACCACAGAUUCUGAGAUAACUGGCCUUCUAAUUGCUGCUCUCUUUGCUGGCCAGCACACCAGCUCUAUCACCUCGACCUGGACCGGAGCAUACCUUCUUCGCUACAAACAAUACCUCAGCGCUGUGGUAGACGAGCAGAAGAGUUUGAUGAAAAAGCACGGAGAAAAAAUCGACCAUGACAUACUGUCCGAGAUGGACGUGCUCUAUCGGUGCAUAAAAGAAGCACUGAGACUGCACCCGCCAUUGAUCAUGCUCCUGCGAAGCUCACACUGUGACUUCUCCGUGACAACACGUGACGGGAAGGAGUAUGACAUUCCAAAGGGCCACAUUGUGGCUACUUCGCCAGCAUUUGCUAACCGGCUACCUUACAUCUAUCAGGAUCCAGACCGCUACGACCCCGACAGGUUUGCAAUUGGAAGAGAAGAGGACAAGGUGGCUGGUGCAUUUUCUUACAUAUCAUUUGGUGGCGGUAGGCAUGGUUGUCUUGGGGAGCCAUUCGCCUACCUUCAGAUCAAAGCAAUCUGGAGUCAUCUGCUGAGGAACUUCGAGUUGGAGCUGGUGUCUCCCUUCCCAGAGAUCGACUGGAAUGCGAUGGUUGUCGGUGUGAAGGGACAGGUGAUGGUGCGGUACAAGCGGCGGCGCCUCUCCAUUGAUUAAGCCUCAUCUCAGGCAAGCUAUGCUGGCCCUUAUGUAGAACUGUCUCUUAUCUUGUUUGUUUCUUUCCUUAUGAGGUUAGAUUUAUUCUGCUUGUAUCUUGAGCUGUAGACUCGACUUAAAAAGUAAAAGUACUGACGAGCUUUAUGGCACUUA